AUGAUUGAUAUUAAACAAGAUAAUGAUGGUGUUACAAUUUCAUUUGACAAUGAAAAACAACAAAAACAAGUUCGAGUUGAUAUGGUUAUCGGUGCAGACGGAAUAUAUUCAACAGUCGUUAAACAUAUCUUUACUCAAACGGCUCCAGCAAUACAUUCAAAAGAAAAUAUUUUCUAUGGCAUAAUAGAUAAUAUCGAUCAACAAACAUCUAUUAAUUCAAUAAUAACAGCAAAAAAUACAUUAACACAAUGUUUUGGCAGCGGAGGAUUUAUUAGUUAUCGAGCUGGUAAUAAUGGACAAUUAAUGUGA